AUGAAGGAGGCAAGAAAGAGUCCUCUGUCGUGUCCGUACACCGUCACCGUUCGCCGGAACCCACACCGGAAGGCAAGGCCUCCAACGACUUCCACAAAAUGCCCUCAAACUUCGGUUCUUCCUUCUUCUUCAACGGUGCCGGAGGUGCCUUCCUUUCCGAUUGAUGAAAUUUUAGCUAUAGAGGUUCCUAGUAGAAACCCUAAACCUAAUUCAGACUCCGAUUCCGAAAAUCUCAGAGUCUUCCUCAGAAUCCGACCCCUUCUGCCAUCCACGAGUCUUCCGCAGAAUCCCAAAUCGAGAGCCAAAAACGCUUGGCCGCAAAACCCCGCGAAGAAGAACUCUGCGAGAGAAAAGACUGCGAAGAAGAACAAGUCUAGCGAUGUGUGCAUUAUAGUCAACGAUUCUCAGUCGGUGACUCUAUCCCCGCCCUCGUCAUUGCAGGACUCUAAACGGAUUAAGUCGGAAGUCUUCGAAGGAUUUUCGCACGUAUUUGCCCCAGAUUCUUCUCAGGAGCAAGUGUAUGAGAAAAUGAUGAACCCUUUAGUCGAGGAUUUUCUAAGGGGCAAAAGUGGUAUGAUAGCAGCGUUAGGACCUAGCGGGUCUGGAAAAACUCAUACCGUUUUCGGGUGCCCUAGGGACCCUGGUGUUGUACCACGUACGCUUCAACGGAUUUUCAAGCCAGCUUUGGACACUGCUUCGGUUUCCCGGAGAUCAUUCAACAUUUCGAUUUUUGAAAUACUCUCCGAACGAGGAAAAGGAGAGAAGUUGUUUGACUUGUUGCCAGGUGGAGCAGAGUUAAGCAUGCGCCAGUCAACUGUAAAGGGACUCCAAGAGGUAAUUGUUUCGGAUGCUAGGGAGGCAGCAUCAUUAGUUUCUCAGGCAAUGCUAAGACGUCUCACUGCUAUGACAAAUUCAAAUACCCAAUCAAGCCGAUCGCAGUGCAUUAUCAAAAUCAGUAGUGUUCGUAAUAAUCCUGACGGAGAAGAUGAUUCUGAAGCCAAUAAUGCUGUUCUAAAUAUCAUUGACCUUGCUGGAGCUGAAAGAGAAAAGAAAACGGGGAAUCAGGGAGCAAGGUUGCUGGAAAGUAAUUUCAUCAACAAUACAUCAAUGGUUUUUGGCUUGUGUCUAAGAUCUUUGUUGGAGCAUCAAAAGAACCCCAAGAGGCCAUUGCAGAAGCAUUUUCAGAACUCAUUGUUGACCAGGUACCUACGAGAUUAUUUGGAAGGCAAGAAGAGGAUGGCUUUGAUGUUGACAGUUAAGUCAGGGGAAGAGGAUUAUCUUGAUGCAACCUACCUUCUAAGGCAAGCUUCACCAUUUAUGAGAAUAAUGUUUGAUAAUGUUGAAGAACAAUCAAACAUCCCUUCAAACAAGAGGCAAAAUGAAGUUUUGUCUAGACGAGAGAAACCGAAGAGGAUGAAAUUUAGUGGGCCUGAUGCUUGUGCGAUUGGCGAAAGAAAGACCUAUGAGGAAGAGCACCGCACCCCUGGGCAAGUUUGUUCAAAAGAAUCAAACUACGUUGACAUGGCAGACAGAGAUAGAAGUUAUCAGAUUUUGCAAAAUUUUUCUAAAGCUUUAUGGUCUGUCUUGAAGCAAUAUGGAGAAAAACUGAAGGUGGCAGAACAUGAAAUUCAGCAUCUUACUGAAAACCUUAAGCUUGAAAAGACAAGGAAUGUUGAGUUGGAAAAGAAGUUGGAGGAUUUUAUGUCAUGUUGUACCUGCUCACAGCAGAAGUCUGCAGAGGCAGAGACUAAAUUUAAGCCUCGAGUAGAACUGAAUGGACUUGAUUCUAGCAAUUUUAAUAAGUCAACUGCAGACCUGUGUUCUUUCAAUUUUAGCCCAUCUCAGUUAAAUUGCAACCCCAAAAAUUAUGACUCUGGGCCAAGACAGGAUAAAGUUAUAUCUUGUCAGAAAAAUGUAGAAGUUCAUUCUUCCAACAAAAUGGCAUCUGGGAACGAAAGUUCUUCAAAAAAGUGUGACUCUAAUUUUGAACAGAAUCAAAGUAUAUUUUCACAGGCACAGGUGAAAGAAGAAGAUUUUACUUCAGACUUAAAAGGAGAGUGCACCAAAAUUGAACAAGCAAAGAGUUUGGAUGUUGACGUGGUUUAUGGUUCAUCACAUUGCGCUGAAAUCUUACGGCGGAAAUCUCAGGUGACAGAGGAAGCAUUUCCCUCUGAUUUAAAAGGGCUGGAGUCUGUUGACAAGGAAGGUGUAUCUAAUCCGGAGAGAAGGUUUGAUGUUGACGUGGUUGUUGGUUCAUCCCUCUGUGUUGAGACCUCUCAGCAGAGAUAUCAGAUAGAUGUAACCUUUUCUGGUGCUGCCCAUAAUGCUGAGUUACACGGAUCUAGGUGCUUGGAAACAAAUGAUACUUGUAGUACUGCAGAAGUGACAGUAAACUCUUCACAGCCACUUGUUAGGCGUAGAGAUAGCUGUUCAUCCGUGGAGUUGGACUUGGACCAGCUGGUCAACGAGGAGGAUCAGGAACUAUUAAAUCUGCCGAAAAUCGCGAAGGACGAUGUUGAAUACUCUGAAGGCUAUACUGCUCCUGAUGUUGUGAAUAGUGAAUCAGGAGUUGAGAAACCAGAGGAAUUGCUGGAUCCAUCAACAUCAGCUCAGGAAGAUCUAGCAAUUAGUAAAGAAUGCAAAGGUGUUGAUAAUGAAUUGGUUCAGGAAGAUCAAGAAAUUAGUGAAGAAUGCAAAGAUAUUGAUCCACUAAAUAAUGAAUCAGUUCAGGAAGAUCUAGCAAUCAGUAAAGUAUGCAAAGACGUUGAUAUUCUAAGUGAGGAAUCAGUUCGCGAAGAUCUAGCAAUGAGUAAAGAAUGCAAAGUUGUCGACCCACUAAGUGAGGAAUCAGUUCGGGAAGAUCUAGCAAUGAGUAAAGAAUGCAAACAUGUUGAUCCACUAAGUAAUGAAUCAGUUCAGGAAGAUCAAGCAAUCAAUAAAGAAUGCAAAGAUAUUGAUCCAUUAAGUAAUGAUUCAGUUCAGGAAGAUCUAGUAAUCAGUAAAGAAUGCAAAGAUGUUGAUACGCUAAGUAAGGAAUCGGCCAAGGAAGAUAUAGGAAUCACCAAACACUGCAAAGUUGUCGAUCCGCCAAGUAGUGAACAAAGGGUUCAUACUCCCCCAAAACCAGGAAAACCAAAAAGGAGACUUUUGCCAGCCUCAUCCGUGCUACUAAGGGACUUCAAUACUCUUGACGCUGAGGAUAAAAGUGAGAAACGGAAGGGAAAUCGAGGCGUAAAGAAGUUUUCUGCGGAUGAAAGAACCAGAACUCAGGGUAGCAUCUCUCUCCUGCGCAUGCUUCAAAGUAAUAUUCGUUCUUAGCUCCAGCUUCCAAACUUGGUUCCCUACAGGUGGGGCUUUUUUUUUUUCUUGGGAGACUGUCGUUUUGUGUUCACCGGCAUAUUUUCUAAUGUUAAAAAGUAUAAUAUGGCUAGGAAGUCAAUGUUUGGCUGAUGUAGAUAUGUAUCUUGAAGUCAAAAGAAUUAGGCAUGUCAACUUGUUUGAAAAAGAAAAGCCAUUGUAUUAUCUAAACUUUUGUGAGUUCUAUAAUUAAAACAAAUGAAAAAAAAAAUAUUGGAAAUAAGAAAUUUUUAUAUAAUU